CAACCGAACCGCUGAGGGACAUUUGGAACUCUGUCCUUAGCCAGUCGACUGAGGCCGUGAAGAAAAACCUCAAGUUCGAGGCUGCCGAGUCCAUCAUGAGGAAUAAGCGGAGGAAGAACCUGCCUCCGAUUCCCAAGAAUCUGGCAGAAAUGAAGGAAGCUCUCGACAAUGGACAUCCGUUCGAAGACAUCUACCAAGGUUUCGUCGAAUUCGAAGAUGGGAACGUCGGAUUCAUUUUUGCAGACCCAAAACUUCUCGCUCUCGUUGAAAAGACUCAAGAACUCUUCGUCGAUGCCACCUUUAAAACACGGCCUCACCACGAUAUCUUUUCUCAACUGUUGAACAUCAUUGUCAUCUACAAAGAUUACUCUGUCGCGGUGAUGCAUGUCUUAAUGACAUGCAAGGAGCAAGCACUCUACGGCCAGAUCAUGGAGCGGUUCAAAGCUUUGGUUGGAUUGGACUUCAAGCCAAAAAGUGUGAUGUCGGACUACGAACGGGCGAUCCUGAACACCAUGCAAACUGCCUUUCCGGAAUCGAGAGUGUCUGGAUGCAGAUUUCACUUCAGCCAAGCAGUUCUCCGGAAAGUGUGUGCUCGCAACAAGGAGGAUUUCUAUAAAAAUGUUGAGUUUAGGAAUCUGAUGCUCAAACACAUGGCCCUAAGCACUCUACCGGCGAACCAAAUGGUACCCGUAUUCCAACAGCUGAAGCAAGAAGUGCUCCACUCAGGCUCCGGAAGCAAGUCCAGAUAAUGCACAGGAAUUACUUCUUAAAGUGGUGGUUCCAAGGCAUCGGGCCCCAGCUGAUCUCUACGUACGGUCUUGCACAUAAGACCAACAACGUCUGCGAAAGUCUCCAUAAGAAAAUGUCUUUGAAGCUGGCAAAGGCGUCGACAAUCUGGAGAUUCCUCUCAGAUCUGAGGAUGUUCGUCAUCGAGCCAGCAAAGAUCGA